GAUGCAAGCCCUCCAGCGUCCGCGUGUGCUGCUCCUGAAUGAAGGCGAUGGAGCUCUCUGUGUUCUUCAGUUUCAGCCGCGCCCGAGCCAGCAUCUUGGAAGAUCAGCCCGUCCCCUCUAGUUCAAUGUAAGCGGAUUGCGGUCUGUGUAGACGUUGCUGUGGCAACGUACGGGGGCGGAGCUUCGGUAUCCCCUCGCACGCUCGCGCGCGUGAGGGAGGAGAGACUUGAACAUGGCUGAAAGCGGAAGCUGCGUGUUUUGUCGAAUCGCAGCCGAGGACGACCGAGCUGAGGUUGUCUACGAAGACUCGGACUACGUCUGUUUCCGUGACCGGAGCCCCGCGGCCACUCAUCACUACCUCCUUAUUCCCCGGAUACACAUCAGGUAGCAGAACUGUGUCCGGGAACUGUCCUGCAAAGUGCAUCAAGUUAGAUAUUGGCAGAAUUAAACCCAGGAGAGCUAACAGGAGAGCACAUCGCAAUGGUGGAGAAGAUGGGAGAGAUAGCCAGAGAGAUUUUGGCUCAGCAGGGGGCCAGUCCAGAGGACUCUAGGCUGGGGUUCCACUGGCCUCCGUUCCUGCGAGUUCAGCAUCUUCACCUCCACAUCCUCAACCCACCGAGCUCCAUGGGCUGGUUCGCCAGACAUCUGCUCUUCAGAGAAAACUCUUUCGCUUUUAUGACUCAUGCAGCCAUGCUGGAUAGAUUACGGUCCAUGCUCUAAUAGGAGAGAGAGUAGCUAGCAGUUUGUCCGAUAUCGAUUGCGCAUGCGCACAGCGGACGUCGUUUGGUGGUGGUAUACCCCUUCGUUUACCAAUGGAGAGCGCCGACGCUGCAGAGGGGUUCGUUGUGGGUGCACGAUGCUGCUUUGACGGUUACUACGCUACCAUCCGCUUCGUGGGAGAAGUGCCGCCUGCAAAAGGAGUGUGGGUGGGAGUGGAGUGGGACGACGCGUCCAGAGGGAAGCACAGUGGUGACCAUGAAGGAACCCAGUACUUCACAUGCAGCAAGCCUGGGAGUGGGUCUUUCGUUCGGCCGAGAAAAGUAACUCUGGGUUACUCCUUCAUCGAGGCCUUGAGAAAGCGAUAUGCAGAGACUAGUGCAGAGACGACAGAGAGGGGAGGAGGAGGAGGAGGAGGGGGAGGGAAAGGAGAGGAGGAUAUGUUUGUAAUAUCACGUAACAGCCUUGUGACUCCAGUCGAGAUGGUCGGUGCUGAUAUGAUAAAAAAGAAAACAAGUCAGCUGACAAAGUUGGGCAGUGUCAGUACCAGUCUAAGAGGAAUGUUGGUCAGCUCCGUGGGCCCCCCGGGGGAAAUUUCUACAGUGGCCCCCAAUAUCCAAGAACUGGACAUGUCCACCAACCACCUGCUGUCAUCCUGGGAGACUCUGGCUGGAAUAUGCAGUCAGCUCACUCACCUACACUCUCUCAACCUCAGUGAGAACUUUGCACUCUCAGUACCCGGCGACCCUCGUACUUUAACCCCGGCAUUUCGGCAGGUGAAAGAGCUGACAAUGAACAAAAUGCAGCUGUCCUGGUCUCAGGUGUGUGUGGUGGUGUCCAUGUUCCCGGGACUGGAGAGGUUCCACUGCUGCGAGAAUCUCAUCUCUGAAAUCAGUUCCCAGCCUCCUCUACAGUCCUUGAGACUCAUCACUCUGGAAGAGAACCAGCUGAGCUCCUGGGACAGUGUCUUUCAUCUCGCUCCACUACCCAGUUUGGAGAUUCUCAUACUCAACGAUAACCAAAUUCCUCAGAUUUUCUCACCUGAAACUGAUGGGCGGAGUCCCGGUUUCUUGGAGCUGAAGUCUUUGUCGAUAUGUCGCAAUCGCCUACACGACUGGUCGUCCAUCAUAGCCCUCGACUCCAUGCCAGCUCUGAGAGAGUUAAAGAUAAAGGGAAACCCCCUCUUUGAAGGUGAGUCUGGACUCAACUCUCGAGAGUUGGUGAUUGCGCAACUUCCUCGCCUCCAGGGACUCAAUGGUAGCCCGGUAAGUGUUGUUGCCAUGACUACAAGCCACACCCACUACCUACGCGUAAAGCCCCGUCUCUCCCCACCGUGUCUCGGAGCUGCAGCAAGGGUGUGUCUGUGUGUGCUAGAAUCAGCCUGUUCUGAGGAAUCUCUCUAGUGGUCCAUGUGGGAAUUGGUUGAGGAUGAUUACGACAUGCCACACAGGUGUAGGCUGUGGAUGCCUGUGUCAACGACAGACAGGCAGGCUAUUAUAGCGCCACCAUUCUACAUAGUGUGAACUUUCCCCCAUGAGGUUGGUGAGUGGGUGAAUAGAGACUGUAGAAGGAUGGGAGCAAGAGAUAGGUUAUUGUAAGACUGGAAGUCAUGCGUGAGAACUGAAAUGGGUAAAAGGAUCGAGCUAUGCGGUCAUGCUCCCGACCCUUCCUGUCAUCUCAUUCCCUUUCCCACCACCUUAUGCAGUGGACCCUCACUGAACUCUCAAUACAGUGGACCCUCAUUAUCAAUACCUACACACAUUCUUGUAUUCCUUACAUUACAUCAUAGCAAAUGGUGGUGAUUUUGGAGUUGCGAGCCUUGAGAAAUGUG